AUGACAGUGAUACACAAGACGUUACGAGUUGGAGUGGACGUAGGCGGGACCAAUACUCUAGUUGAGCGCGAUUCGAGAAAGCUCGAGAAGGUCGGGGUGAUCAGAUUGUGUGGACCGCAUAGUAGAUUAUGUCCCCCUUUUGUCAGCUUCCCUUAUGAGUUGAGGGCGGUCUUGGAAGGUCCAGUAUGGAUGGUGGAAGGUGGACUACAGGUGGAUGGCAGGGAGAUAUCAAAGGUGAGUGAUUUGAUCGCGAGAGUUGCUGAUGUUCAGGUGGAUGUCAACGAGAUUAGAGGUAUCUGCGCGGAGCUCAAGUCGCAGGGAAUCAGAACCGUUGCGGUAUCCGGGGUUUACUCGCCGAUAGACCAUGAUAUCAAGCAGGAGGAGCUUGUAAGGGAUAUACUACAAGCGGAGAUUCCAGAUAUCAAAGUGACAAUAUCCAAAGAGGUCGCCAAUAUAGCUGAGCAUUUUCCCAUUAAAACAUUCAGCUCUGGCCCGACAAAUUCGAUGAGGGGCGCUAAUUUCCUCGCUGGAUUGGCGAGUGGAGGAGCUAGGAAAGAGACCGCUUUGGUCAUCGAUACCGAAGUAGGUGUACUCCUACCCACCGGGUUUCCCCGACAAGCAGGAGCGAGGUAUGAGCUUUGUGGUGUCGCUCUCAACUUUUCAAUGCCUCACGUCCACUCCAUCGGUCUUGGAGGGGGUUCUAGGGUGCGGGAAGAAGGGGGAAAAGUUGCCGUCGGUCCCGAUUCCGUUGGAUACAGGAUCGACCAAUCACUUGCUUUCGGAGGAGACACCCUCACCGCUACAGAUCUCGUCGUGGCCGAGGGAAGGGCCAAGGACGUAGGAAAUGCAACAUUAGUCAGGAACAUCCCCUCCAACUUACUCUACGCCGCCCAAGAAAAGAUGAAAUCUAUGAUUGAGACAGCUCUGGAGAGUAUGAAAACGUCUACUCAAGAUAUCCCAGCGUAUCUGGUCGGAGGUGGAGCCAUCCUAGUCCCAGAUACCCUCAAUGGGAUCAGCAAAGUCCAUCGGUUCCCGUUCUUCGAUGCUGCCAACGCAGUCGGUGCGGCUUGUGCUCAGGUAUCCGGUGUGAUCGAUACAUUCGAAGAUACCAGUAUACUUCCGCUUUCCGAGGUUAGAAAGAAGGUGGAAAAGAGGGCGAUUGAAAAAGCGGUAGCGUCAGGUGCGGAUCCAAAUAGAACAGAAGUGGUGGAAAGCGAGAUCAUCCCUAUAGCAUCGGCUGGCCCGUGGACAGGAGCUCCUGUAGCGGAGCCGUUGAAACAGGGCGAAGCUAGUAAGAUGUCGGCGGAAGUGGGGGCUAAGCCUAUAGUUCCGUUCAAUAUCAGGACCAAGGCUCUACCUCUAUCCGACUCUCCGGUGACCGCUCGAACCAUACUCGAGUACAAACCCACUAUCAAGAACAAGGAGUGGAUUUUGUCAGAUCUCGACGUGGACUGGAUCGCCAUUGGGUGCUACAUCCUCGGAUGUGGUGGUGGGGGAAGUCCAUAUUCCAAAGCUCUCGCGUUGAGGGAAAUCAUCCGUGAAGGGGGAAUCAUCAAAGUGAUUGAACUUGAGGCGAUGUCAGACGACGGGAUGGUGAUCUGGGGUGGAGGCAUAGGCAGCCCGGAAGUAAGUCAAGAGAGAUUAGUCAAUGAGGAGUAUAAUCAAGCUGUUUCUGAAUUGAUAAAGUUCUUGAGGGGAAGGGCAUACCCCACUGGCUGGCAAACAACUCCAAACGUGUAUGAUCUUUCAGGAAGAGGGGAGAUGCUCCUUCCGUCGUCGCUGGCCAGUGGGGAUGGCACUGUCACCGCUAUGAUUAAGAACACCGUGUCACAAGCUUGGCGAUUGGGUCGUGCUGUGACGUUGGCGAACAAACAAUCCAACGUGGGGAAUAUCGGGCAGGUAUUGGUCGAGGCUCUAGGCGGGAAGGACUGUGCAAAGGUUCUGUUCAGCGGUAAAGUCACAGAGAUUACCCGGAAGAUAUACAAGGGACAUACCAUCGGAGAGUUAGUAAUUCAAGCGUUGAAGGAGGAAGAGGAGGAGGAUGAACCAAAGGACAAGUUCAAAGGGAUUAUGAAGAGUCAUGCGCUGGGUACCCCUGAUUACAAGUACGGUCUCAGAGUGAUGGUCAUUGGGGUUACCGCCGCACCUCAAUGGACGGACACGCCUAGAGGGUUGGAGAUUGGCGCAUUAGGAGCGUUUGGAUAUGAGGGAAUCCCGUAUGAGCCGGUUGGCGAGUAUGUCAAGCCGGUCAGCGUGAUUGCAGAGUAUAUUAAUAGCCCGCAGCGAUGA